AUGUUAGGUAGAGCUAUCUUUGAUGUUACUCAAUUAAUCAAAAGAACCACCAAAUUCGGUAUCCACUGGUCACCAGUUGCCUCAAGAUGGGGUGUUGUCGGUGUUGUUGCUGCCUUAUAUGCUGUUCAACCACGUAUUUUAUUCAAACAUCUUCCAAUCAUUGGUGAUAACUAUUUAACCCAAAAAGAUUUAGAUAAAAUGAAACAAGAACAACAAGAAAAAAACAACAACUAA